AACGUCAAUACCACGCGUUGUAAGUCGUGUUAACCUAAAAUGUCGCGUCAAACGGCGCACGAAAUAGGUUCCAAAGCCCGUACAACAGACAUAGAAAUUCAAGAGGAUGUCACAUUUUACCAAAUGGGUGUCAAUCAACGCGUCUUGGACGGGCUUACAAACGCCGGGUUUCAAAGACCGUCGCCGAUUCAACUUAAAGCUAUUCCGCUUGGUCGUUGUGGAUUUGAUUUGAUUGUACGAGCAAAAUCCGGAACUGGUAAGACGGCUGUGUUCGGCAUCAUUGCCUUGGAAAUGCUCGACAUGUCUGUGAAAGGUUUGCAAGUCCUGAUUCUCGCACCUACCAGAGAAAUAGCUUUGCAAGUGACUGGAGUAAUAACAUCAAUUGGCUCAGAGUUCGAGGGUUUGAAGGUCGAAAGUUUUAUCGGUGGAAUAUCGAUUGAAGACGACCGUAAGAAGGCGAACAAUUGUCAUGUGGCGGUCGGCGCUCCAGGGAGAGUGAAACAUUUGGUUGACAAGGGAAUUCUGAAUGUGAACAGCAUCAGGUUAUUCGUCCUAGACGAAGCGGACAAGCUGAUGGAAGUUAGCUUUCAAAAAGAUAUAAAUUACAUAUUUUCGAAAUUACCGGUCAACAAACAAGUCAUAUCGUGUAGUGCCACUUAUCCUGGAGAUCUGGAGUCCUUUCUUGGAAGAUACAUGCGUUCUCCUAUUCUCACAUCUCCAAACAGUGACGGUCCUGUGUUGAUCGGUCUGCGGCAAUUCGUAGCAGUAGUUCAACAGCACCCGAACGCUAUGAGACAGGUUCAAAUAAAGGUGAACGAACUUGCCAGAAUAUUUGUCAAAAUACCGUUCAAGCAAAGCAUCGUUUUCUCGAACUAUCAAUCUAGAGCUCAGUCAGUCUGCAACAAAAUCAACGCGAUGGGUUUCUCAGCUAUAUACAUAGUCGGAAAUCAAGAGAUGCGUAAACGUAUCGAAGGGUUCAAAAAACUUAAGGACUUCAAGUGUAGGAUAAUGGUGACGACCGAUCUCACAGCACGAGGCAUAGAUGCCGAGAACGUAAACCUUAUUAUCAAUUUGGAUGUUCCUCUAGACGGAGCAACUUACUUGCACAGAAUUGGUAGGGCCGGAAGGUAUGGAUCCUACGGUAUUGCGAUAACGAUCGUUGCCCAAAACGAACUCGACAACUUUAGGGAACUGAUCGGCUCCGUCGGUGGAGCCGGAUUCCAAGUCCUCAGACUACCCCAGAAUUAUCCAGAAGAUAUUUGGGCGGAAAAUGACUCGACGUUCGAAAAAAUAUCGGCAAAAACUGAUAAAGGUUGUAACGAUGGCGAAACACCCGCUGAAAAUGUUCUCUCUUCUCCAAACGGAGCUCCUUUUGUCCCGGUUGAAGAGGCGUCGAUUCGCAAUCUUAGAUUUAAUCAGCAAACGGAGGUCGAAUUUGACUCAAAUAUGAGCCCGGCUUCUAAAAAUAUCAGCGCAGGAAUUUCUGAAGGCACUAAAAUUGCGAGGAAAACGAAUUCUGAGACGGAAAACUGUCAGUUCAAGACGAAGAAUCUUGUCGAGUCGUCGUGUAGUCAAAUUGACUCAGCAUCAUGCAACUUUGAACCUAAGAGUGUAGAGCAUAAGGUGAAAUUGGAAACUUUAUUUAGAGAGGAUGAGGAUGAUGUAUUUUCCACUAAACAGACCCCUUUGAAAGCGAAAAAUAACACGAAAGAUCAGUGUAAGCGAGUUUCAAAUGACAGAGUACAUAAAUUCACGGUAAAAACGAAUAACAAAAAGCGUUCGAGGUUGCUGGAGUUUAAUGAAAAUACGAAGUUCGAAUUGAAUCUGUCAAAUUUGUCGGAUAACGACGACGACUGCAGUGUGGCACAAGAAGCGAUAGCAAAAUACACGGCAACAGGACCACGCAGAGCAUGUUCUAGAAUCAGCAUAGAUGAACAGAAAAAGGAAAGUGAAUUGAACGUUAAUGCGACAAGUGUGAAGACGUUUGACGCAGAAAAUAUGAUCAAGUCGCUGGAAACAAGUUUCGAAGAAUUGUUGGCACAAGAUCCAAGCGAUGAAAAAGUUUCAAAGCUGAAGGAUAUUGUUAGUGACUUGAAGAAAAUGAAUUUCGACGACACCUCAAAUUCUAGCAACGCAACGCUGACACGAAACGAGCUGAUGCAAUGGAAGGGACGGAUCGAUGUUGAGAUUAGUUGCUUGAAGUCUUUGACAGAGGUUCCGGCGUAUCGUGUGAACCACACUUGGCAUCGAUUGUUGUAUGAGAAUCGCAAUUCGGCGAAGCUGACGUUCCUGGAGAUGCAGAAAAAGGCACUUUUGUGCAUGUAUCCGGAUAUUCAAAGCGAACUAGACGAUUGCCCGCCAGUGAGAAUUGAGAUAUUCCGAGAAGUCGAUGAGUUCAGGAGGAAACAUCCCAUCAUUAGAUGGAAACUUGAUACUUAUUUUCCCUACCCAACGAACAUUGAGGCGCCGCUGCCGAUGCUAGUCUUUUCCAAAUUGGAGAUAGAGAGGUAUCGCGAAGCUGUGAAAUACUUGCGGUCGAAUUCUCAGUGCGAAAACAUGGCGAUGAGAAAAAUCAGAAUCGCAACAGCUUUCAUGAGUGAAAAGGACAGAUACAAGUUGGAAUUGAAACGUCUUGUUCGUGGCAAAAUGUCUUAUUCGCAGCUGAUAUCUUUCGUCGAGCAGGAAAAAAUUGGAAAACGAAACGGCGAUGAGAUUCUGGGGGAAAGAGCCAAGUGCAGAGUUUCGGAGCGUGAAAAAUUUCUGAGAUUCUCAAAGGGGCGGCUCAAGUCGUUUUAUCGAGACUUUGACUCUAUGAGUAAAUCGCUAAACAAUCUAACCGAUUCGAGUUCUGAGAAAUCACAAUACGAUUCAAACGAUUCCGAUUCCGAUUCGACGGACUUGCAAGAUGACCAAUGUGCAAUAAUUCGUCAGGUUGAGGAAUCGUCAACCGAAAUUUAUUCCAGGUUGAGAGAAAAUUUGUGGCUCCUGGUAAGCCGCGAGUAUUUAGAAUGCCUUGAAGCAUAUCGUCAAAUGGAAUUCGAAAUUGCAGAACUCGACGAUGUUCAUACAAUGAGCGAAGACGAAUUCUGCGCUUUGAUCGAAUCUUAUUGGAAGUUAGAAUCUUCGAGGAUUUCGGGUAUAUCCUUUUCUAAAGCGACAGAACCCGAACAACUGCUCUCGAAAUUGAAAACCCUCGACUCAGCAUUUGAUGAAGAGAAAUUCUCGUCGCGAUUUAGCGAUGAAAAGCGCAGUUGCAUGCAGGAACGUGUGAAAUACCUGAUACAUGUCGAUCCGAUUGAACUUUGUGCCCGACGGUUUGAGAGAAUUCUUGGUCUGAUUGACGACCCAUGUAUUUCUGAGGUACGUGAAACUGCGUUAGCUAAAGUUGCCGAGAAACGAAAUUCAGACUCGAUUACCAGUUACGACGAAUUUUUGUCUGUCUUCGAAUCCCGGGAAAAUUUUGACAGACUCCAGGGGACGAAUUUGACGAACGUUGAUUGUAUGGCGUUUUUUAAAUUUCUGAAUGAUGCGGAGGAAGAAUCGACUGUGAGCGAGGCUGACAAAGAGACAGAAUCUUUUGCAAAGCUGGAGAAUAAUGAUUACCAAGAAUCAGAUAGAGACGCUACAGAUUCGUCUUCCGAUACAUCGGAGUCAUUGGAGUUGAAUGACUGGCCAGAAGUGAAAGUGAACAACGAUGGCUUAAAUUUGAAGACAAAAUCAUCUCCGAAAAUUUCAGUGCGCCAGAAGUCGAAAUUCGUACCCAUUCAAACGAACAAUUUCGUGUACAACGAUCAACCGCAAAGUUUCAAACCCCAACGUCAGAUUGUCGAUGAUAAUAAUGCGCGAAAUGAUUGUGAACAUGCAAAAUAUUCACCCACUUAUAUCGACGACAGUGUUUUGUCUGAUCGGGAAGAAUGUGAACCAACAAAUGAAAUGGAAGAGCUUGACAAGUGGUUUGAGGAACUCAGGCAUCAAACGAAUCGAUUACAUAUGGAAGAAUACCUCAAAGGAAUGAUGAAGUAUUAUGUUGACCAUUGAAUCGCUGUCUUUAACGAGUGAUCGGUUAGCUAAUAUCGAUAUCUAGGGUCCUUAAAUAAUGUAACAUAUUGUUAACUUUCAGUUUCGGAUCUACGCACGUCUAUGUGUGA